AAAAACAAUCUGUUCCAAGAUCCCUAAAAAUUUUUUAAAAGGAACCCUAGAUUUUCUCUUCUCUCACGCUCCUUCGUUUCCCUCACUCGCUUUGGCUUCCCCACUCGCCUGCUUCGUGUUCUUCUUUGCUUUGCUCUUUUCACGUCAGAAUUUUACUCUUCGUCGCUCUCUGGGUGGCCGAGAAAAUGCAGUAAAAAUCCCUCAGCAAUCUAAAGGCUUGAAAUUUCAUGAUUUUCGUAGUUUGAAUUCUCAGGUGCUAAGGUUGAUUAUCUCUAGUAGAGAGGUUUCAGUUUCCAAUUUCAUGGAAGCCCGUUGUGGGGUAGUAGUUGCUUUUGAAUGUGUUAGUGAAUCCAUAUGUGGCUAAGGUUAGGAUGGAUUUGCAAGAGAAUCUGGUUAGUGAUGCAGGGGAUGAACAUAUGGUUGACAUUGUAGUUGAACCGCAUAGUAAUAGAGAUAUAGGAAUUGUUGAUGAGUUCAAUAUAGGAGGAGAUGUUGGAUUUAGUGGUGAUCUGGAUCUUGAGCCACGAAAUGGUAUAGAUUUUGAAACCCAUGAGGCAGCGUAUAUCUUUUAUCAAGAAUACGCGAAAUCUAUGGGUUUUACUACGUCGAUUAAAAACAGCAGACGUUCCAAGAAAACUAAAGACUUCAUUGAUGCUAAGUUUGCUUGUUCUAGAUAUGGUGUGACUCCUGAGUCUGAGAGUAGUGGUAGUAGUAGUCGAAGGUCAACUGUGAAAAAAACAGAUUGCAAGGCUAGUAUGCAUGUGAAGAGAAGACCGGAUGGGAAAUGGAUCAUUCAUGAGUUUGUAAAGGAUCACAAUCAUGAACUUCUACCUGCCCUUGCUUAUCAUUUUCGGAUUCAGAGGAAUGUCAAGUUAGCUGAGAAGAAUAAUAUCGACAUUUUGCACGCGGUUAGUGAACGGACCAAAAAAAUGUAUGUUGAAAUGUUGAGACAAUCUGGGGGAUAUAAGAAUAUCGGGCCACUUCUUCAGACCGAUGUCAGUAGUCAGGUUGAUAAGGGUCGGUAUCUGGCUUUGGAAGAUGGAGAUUCUCAAGUACUGCUUGAGUACUUCAAGCGUAUCAAGAAAGAAAACCCCAAAUUCUUUUAUGCGAUAGACCUGAACGAGGACCAACGUUUAAGAAAUCUGUUUUGGGCUGAUGCCAAGAGCAGAGAUGAUUAUUUGAGUUUCAGUGAUGUUGUAUCCUUUGAUACUACUUAUGUCAAGUUUAACGAUAAGUUGCCACUAGCUUUAUUUAUUGGGGUGAACCAUCACUCCCAACCUAUGUUACUUGGCUGUGCAUUGGUUGCUGAUGAGUCUAUGGAGACUUUUGUGUGGCUGAUAAAAACAUGGCUGCGAGCAAUGGGUGGUCGAGCUCCUAAAGUUAUACUCACUGACCAAGACAAAUUCUUAAUGUCUGCUGUUUCAGAGCUCCUACCAAACACUCGCCAUUGCUUUGCGUUGUGGCAUGUGUUAGAAAAGAUUCCUGAAUAUUUCUCACAUGUGAUGAAACGGCAUGAGAAUUUCUUGCAGAAAUUCAACAAAUGCAUCUUCAGAUCUUGGACAGAUGAUGAGUUUGAUAUGAGGUGGUGGAAAAUGGUCAGCCAAUUUGGACUUGAGAAUGAUGAAUGGCUGCUAUGGUUGCAUGAACAUCGCCAAAAGUGGGUGCCCACAUUUAUGAGCAAUGUGUUUCUGGCUGGCAUGUCGACAUCUCAACGUUCAGAAAGUGUGAACUCUUUCUUCGAUAAGUACGUCCAUAAGAAAAUCACACUGAAAGAGUUCUUGAGGCAAUACGGUGCGAUUCUGCAGAAUAGGUACGAAGAGGAAUCUGUUGCAGAUUUCGAUACUUGCCACAAGCAACCUGCAUUGAAGUCUCCCUCGCCCUGGGAGAAGCAAAUGGCAACAACUUACACCCACACGAUAUUUAAGAAAUUUCAAGUUGAGGUCUUGGGGGUUGUCGCUUGCCAUCCUAGAAAGGAAAAAGAAGAUGAAAAUAUGGCGACAUUUAGAGUUCAAGACUGUGAAAAAGACGAUGACUUUCUUGUAACGUGGAGCAAAACCAAGUCAGAACUUUGCUGCUUCUGUCGUAUGUUUGAAUACAAAGGGUUUCUUUGCCGGCAUGCUUUGAUGAUUCUGCAGAUGUGUGGUUUCGCCAGCAUCCCACCUCGAUAUAUAUUGAAAAGGUGGACAAAAGACGCUAAGAGUGGAGUAUUAGCUGGUGAAGGAGCAGACCAGAUACAGACCCGAGUUCAGCGCUACAACGAUUUGUGUAGUCGAGCCAUUGAAUUGAGUGAGGAAGGUUGUGUGUCAGAAGAAAACUACAACAUCGUAUUGCGCACACUAGUUGAGACCCUGAAAAAUUGUGUUGAUAUGAAUAAUGCUAGAAACAACAUCACUGAGUCUAAUAGCCAGCUUAAUAAUGGUGCUCACGUAGAAGAAAACCAGGUAAUGGCUGGCGUAAAAGCAACAAAAAAGAAGACAGUUUAUAGGAAAAGAAAGGUACAACAAGAGGCUGGGCAAAUGCUUGAAUCUCAACAGAGCUUGCAACCAAUGGAAAAUAUAAGUUCAGAGGAAAUGAGUAUCAAUGGUUACUAUGGUCCUCAACAGAACGUUCAAGGAUUGUUAAAUCUAAUGGAGCCACCUCAUGAAGGCUACUAUGUGAAUCAACAAACCAUCCAAGGCCUGGGACAACUGAAUUCGAUAGCACCGGUGCAGGAUAGCUUCUUCACGAAUCAGCAAGCCAUGCCUGGGCUGGUACAUUAUAAAAUCCUCCAAACUGAGAUUAGAAGCUGUAUAAUGAAUGAUCUUAUUGUAAAUAUUUGUUGCUUGAUUGCCCCGCGCAGGGCCAAAUCGAUUUCAGACCUCCUCCCAAUUUCACUUACGCUAUGCAGGAAGAGCAUUUGAGAUCUGCCCAAUUACCGGGUAGUUCAUCAAGGCAGCUAUAGUAAACACGUUUUGAUUUAGUUUGAAGAGAAGUUUUGUCUAACGAAGCAUAUAUGCAAGAAGCUGUUCCAAACAUGAGAAAAACACAAGAUCUUCCAUGGAGCUUAGUUGCAAUGACAAGAUGAAAUCUUUUAGAUUGGUUUCUGUAUAUUAUGAGAUCGACUUUGAUGUAUGAAUGUGGGGAUGAGAUAUUGUCUAUCUGACUGCAUCAUUUUGGGAUUUAAUAGAAGCAUUUUGUAACAACACCUUCAUCUAAACACAUAGAAGUCUCCACUGUGUAUUAGUUUAAGAA